AUGGCCGAGGAAUUGGACGAUGAGGAUGCCAUCAACAUUCUCGACGACCUCUUGGCUGAGGACUACCUGGCGCUUUCUCCAGAGCCUCCCGAAGGACACGAAGGCGAGGGAGGGAGGAAGGAGGUUGGGGAGAAAGAGGAAGGGGCAGAGGAGAAAGAAGAACUGGCUUUGAAAACUGAUGUUGUUGCAACAGAGGAGGACAAUGCAUCUCCAAAAGAAACGGCCACUGAGGAGCCACAAGUGCAGGCAGUGGCGGCCCCCUCCGCUGCUGCGAAAUCUUUGGAUGCUGCCCCCCAUCGUGACAAGAAUGAAGAGAGUUUGAGCACUCCCAAACAAUGGAUCAGCGGCCCAGUGUCUGGACUACCGCCAGGAGAGAAAGAAAUGCGUCCCAGGCCGGGGUUCAUUUGGUACUUCAUUAUGAAGAGCAACACCAUCGCCAACAUCGACAAGUCUGUGGAGCAUGGUGUGUGGUCCACGCAGCCCCACAAUGAGGCUAAGCUAAACUACGCCUUCCAGGAGUCGGACGAGGUCCGCCUCAUCUUCUCUGUCAACCAGAGUGGCCACUUCCAGGGGUACGCCCGGAUGGCGUCCCACAUCCACCGCGGGCCCAAGUCCAACCUGUGGGUUGGCUCCGCCUGGGGGGGGCUGUUCCAGGUGGAGUGGCGCUGCCGCUGCGACCUCUCCUUCUACAAGGUGGAGCAUCUGGUGAACCCAUUGAAUGAGGGCAAGCCCGUGAAGAUUGCCAAGGAUGGGCAGGAAGUCCAGCGCGAAGUGGGUGAUGAGCUUGUGCGAUUGAUGGAGGAAAUUGCUGGGCAGGGAGAGGGCAACCCACUGAGGCAGCAGAGCCACAGACCAGUGCACUGGUGGCCAGGCGAAGGCCGUGGCCAGAGGGUUGAUUCUGGGAUGGAGAAAAUGUGUCAAGGUGUGGAUCGGUCCAGGGAUUGGAGGUCAGGCCACGGUGCGCUGGGGAGGAGCACAGGGUUGAUGACUCCACCACAUGAGGCUGAGUUGGAGAGCCUUCGAGGGAGGGUGAGGAGCAGGUCUGAUGAGGGCUCCCAGGGCCCAGGCAGCCCCAAGCGGGCGCGAAAAUCGCUGCGGAGCUCGCCAGGCCCCGGCGGGAGACUCUCGCCAGGCGGGGAGGCACAGGGGAGGCAGGUCGGCCGGUCGCCGGACCGGGGAUCUUCACAACAGGAGGGGGGCCCACCGCACGUGUUUGACCUGACGUACGACCAGUACCUGGACUACUACUGCAAGGUGCAGAGCAGGAUAUCGGAUCUGUACAGCAGCGGGCAGCUGUUCGGGGGCAGCGAGAGGGGCAGGUGGCAUGGGUUUGAGGGUAAUGGCCAUUUCUUGAAGCCACAUGGUGCAGGCAUCGGACCAAGCCAUGCCAAUGGAAGAGCUGGUCCAGGACCCAUGUCAGAGGCACAGUACGUGGAGUACUGCGCCAACUACUUUCGCCACAUUGGCAGGCCCUUCAACAAGGAGCUCGUUCGGCAGCACUACUGGCGCAUGCGAAGCCAAUACGACCGGCAAAUGUUCCCGAGGAGCGGAGGCUGA